GGCGCGGCGGCUGCAAUUAAAGUGUCUCAGCGGCGACGGCUUAAAAAUUUCUAAAAUUUCUACUGUCACGGCGGCGGCGGCUUAAAAUUUUUCGAGUCUGUCGGCGGCGACGGCGGCUCAGCCGUACGGCUUACACCUCUAUCUGUAAAUGUUUCAAUCCCUUGAGACGGACAUAGAUGGAACCUCAAUGCUCCACUCAAAAAAAAAUCACAAGUGUCACCUGAAAAGACUCCUAGAACUUACAGACACCACUUUCCGAUAAGCUCUCGACAUGCAGGUAUGGAAUGAACAGAAUCCUUCAAACUUUACAACCAAGUCAGAUAUGCUUAUAUAAAAAGCUCGUUUUAAACGCUUUGACACUCGAUUCUAACGGAAUUUAAUAGGCAUUGUUUAAUGCGUAUAAACUUGUUAUAGACUUACGACUCUAUUGAAAUCCAUAACCUUUUUUCAAUUCAUACGUCUUUACUAGUUUUAUAUCGAAGAAAAUUUAGUAAAUGAGUCAAACUUAUUUUCAGGAUGGCUUCCAUGAGUGGCUAAGCUACAAAAUCAACUUAGUAAGUGAUCAACAACUCGACAAAUCCAAUGUAAUGGUAUGAUCAGAUACCAUGUAAGCUGAACAAUAUCAUCAGAAUAAUGUAUAUAUUCAAUAGAUGUCAUAAGAAAGUGCCUACUUAUCGACAAAUCCAUAAUGAUUCGUUUGAAUAUAGAAGGGUGUGAAUGUGGGCGUGGAUUGAUGGUUGUCAGUGACUGGUUGUGGAUGUGGCUGGUGAUGAGCGGACAGGUCUUCUCAAAACAAUAAAUUGCAUGGACAAAACGUUGCAACAUUUCAUUGUGCUACAUAUUUCUAUAUCUGAAGUUGACUUUAUAAAGCAUAAUGCUAUGGUGUGGAUGAAAGCAGUGGAUGUGGUGUCAGUGCAUGGUUGCAGGAUGUAGAUAUGAGAUUUCGGCUGCGACUUUGACGUAUGGAUAAGUGUGGGUGGGUUUGCAUAUGUAUUUGUAGAUGUGGGGUGAGUGUGAGUAUUUAAGCAGGAUGGAUGUACUGCAGAUAGGUAAAACCAGCCUAAUUCACACAAGCCUCUCUGCUGCCCUAAGAUCACACUCACAGCUGCACCUAUAUCCAGAAGAACAUCUAAGUCCUACAUCCACACACAAAUCCUCAAUCAUACACUUGCAUCUUAAACUCCAAACUCUCACCUACACCCUAAGCCCCACAGGGUGUGGGUGUGGGUGUGUGAAGGUGUGGGUGUGGGCGGGUGUGUGUGUGUGGGUGUGGGUGGGUGUGGGGUGGGGGUGGGGGUGGGGUUGGGUGUGGGGGUAUGGGUGUGGGUGGAUGUGGGUUGGGUGGAUGGGUGUGGGUGGUGCGGGUGUGAGUGUGGAUAAAGAAAAAACACCCACAUGCACACCCACCCACCCACACCCACACCCACCCACCCACACCCACACCCACCCACACCCACACCCACACCCACACACAGCCACUCACUCACACCCACACCCGCACCAACACAUCCAUACCCACACCCUCAGUUAGAGCGUGGGCAAGAACAGAACCCAGUUCCGUUUAUUUAUCUUUUCAAUAAGUGAGCUAGCCUUCUUGUUUCUUUAUGUUUUAUAUACCAUUUUGUAGCUCGUAAAAUUCUCUAUCAAAUGGUAUAUAAUAGUUGGGGUUUUGUUUGAGUAUGAUAGGAAAAGUUUUUUACGAAAGCGGGGAUGGGUCGAUUUUCGCAUAGGAAGCCAUAGGAAAAAAUGAGUAUUUUUGCAAUAACUCAGGAAUGGUUCGGCCAAUUCUUCUCAUCUUCGAACUUGACCGAGACAUUGUUAAGACUGAACUGUGUAGAAAAUUUCAUUGCGAUUGGACUCUCCUUUCAAAAGUUAUCGUGUAAACAGACGGUCGGACACAAUGACCGAUUCUAGAGUGUACUCACUUUUUGAGUACACAAAAAGAUUAGUUUGAAGUACAACUUUAAUUUUAAUACACUCUCCCUGUCAUCCAUGUACUAAUUAAUCGAUGAAGUGCAUUAACCAAAUAAAAUGAUAUGCUUAAAUACCAUUAGAGGUAGGGAUGCACCAAUUCCGAUUCCAACCAAUUCCAAUUCCAAUUCUUCACUAAGAAUUGGCGGAAUCGAUUGGAAUUGGAAAUUGGAAUUGGUUGGAAUUGGAAUCGGAAUUGGUUGGAAUCGAUUGGAAUUAGGAUUGGAAUUGGCUGGAAUCGGAAUUGGAAUUGGUUAG